GAAAACAAGACAACAACACCUUUUCUCUAGUGUGUUUCUUGUUUGACUAAUGAUCCGUUCAAGCGAACAAACUACAUUCUAAAUAGCUGUAUUUUAAUGCAAUUUUGAAGAUUUUUUUAUUUUUAUUUUUAAAUCGAAUCUUUAGGGAUGUCCAAAAAUGGUUAAAGUAAAGUCAUUUUCCGGUUUGCUUCCGGUUUCCACGUCUCGCGUUUGGCAUAAGCACAUUUACAGCUGCUAUUUCUGCUUAAAUUCAGACAGUUUUGCCUUCUACAGUUUGUGUCGGGUUUUCAGCAAAUAUAUGAAAGGUUAACAGGUGAUCUAGUUACUUACUUAAUCAGUUAAUUUGAAGUCCUCCUCUAUUUAAUAUCCAUGUUAAUACUGGGGUUAUAUUUCUGCACACAUUUAGUGUAAAAAUGUGGUGUUGGAGACACUGAUAAUGGAAAGAGAUUUACUCAGACAGUCUGUGUCGUAUCAUGGUGAAAACCUGUUGUCACUGCUAAAUUGUGAACAGAAUGAAAACCCAGAAUUUAAACAUGUGGCCGCUGAUCUCGCCAAAACUAUUAUCCAAAGGGAUAAAGAAGAGAUAACUCCUGUUCUGGAGCAGUUCAUAGCAAGAAAAGCUGAUCUUCUGUUUGCAACAUCAUGGAAAUCAUCUACACCAGCAGAUGAAUGGCAGGAGGAAUCUGGAGAGGCUUACGCCAUCAUGCCCCCGUUGGAGCAGUUCAUGGAGGUGUCGUUUGAAGAGAGACGUGAGCUCUUCUACAGGGAUGUGGAGCGAGGAGACAUGGUUAUCGGAAGGAUAAAUUCAGUUCGAGACUUCGGUUUAUUUGUAACUCUUCUCUGCACUGCUGGUGGACUGGAGAGGGAUAUUGAAGAUCUUGAAGAUAAAGGUUGGGCCCUUUGUCCAAUAAGAGAUGUACCUUCGACUGGAAAUCAUGACGAUCCUUUGUCUUAUUACCAAAUUGGGGAUUUAAUCAGAGCUGGGGUGAAAGACAUUGACCGCUACCACGAGAAGUUGACAUUAUCACUGUAUUCAUCUUCGCUGGCUUCUCACUUGAAUAAAGUCAAACUGGGUGUCAUAUCCAAAGAAGAUCUUCCUCUUCAUUAUACCCGGGGCGAAAACGUGGCCACAGAUAGCAGCGAGACUUAUGAGAAGCUUUUGGACAGCUCGCUUGGUUUGUCCAACCCUUUAAAUGUGGACUACCUCCUGGGAAAGCUGGGAAUAAGUGGUACACAAACUCCUUCGCUAAUGAGGGGGUUACAGAGUAAGCACUUCAAAGAAGAUGAUUUUGCAAUGGCUAUUCGGAAGAAGCAAUCUGUUUCCUGGGCUUUGAAAUGUGUUAAAACUGGUGUUGACCAUUUCAAAUCGGGUCGUCAUGUAGAAGCAAUGAAUGAGUACAACAAGGCCUUAGAGAUCGACACAAACAAUGUGGAGGCACUUGUGGCACGUGGAGCUCUAUAUGCAACCAAAGGAAGCUUGAUGAAAGCUAUCGAUGAUUUUGAACUGGCCUUGGAGAACUGUCCCACACACAGAAAUGCUAAAAAAUACCUCUGCCAGACGCUAGUGGAAAGAGGAGGACAACUUGAAGAGGAAGAAAAGUUGGUGACCGCUGAGGGUCUCUACAAAAGAGCCAUGGUGUUAGACGACACGUUUCAAGAGGCAGCAGAAGCUUUGGAGAAACUUCAGAUACGCAUCCAGAAAUCACUUAAAUUGAAAGAACAGGAAGCUGCCAAAGAGCAGGAAAAAACUAAGACUGUGGAGACAAGUGCAGAGAAAUUGCGUAAAAUCCUAAAAGAAGAGAAAAGAAUGAAGAAAAAAAGGAAGCGGUCGACCUCUUCCUCUACAUCCUCAGAUACGUCUUCAACUACAAGUGACGACUCUCCUUCAACAAGCCGUAAAAAAUCUAAGAAACGGAAACACAAACACCGGCGCUCGUCUCGCGGCAGUAAGAAACACAAGCGACGAGUGUCGUCUUGUAGUGAUAAAACAGCGGAGGACGACUGGUUUCCUGCUCCUGCUAACACCUCCGCGUCAUACAUCAAUCAGAAGCAAUCCAUAACCAAGCUCAUCAGCGAAGGAGAACAGUCUUGGGGCAAAAGCCAACAUGACGACAGCAGAGGUAGGUUGGAAGAUGUUAUCGACAGAAGUCCGGAGAAUGCCAAAUAUGGGUCUAGACUCGGAGGUCCCGAUGUAAACUGUGAGGUUUACAGGACUCAGAGCACCUUAGAACGUGCCAGAAGCAGGAAGGAUUCUUCCUCCUCAAACCAAUCUGAAUAUUCUCACAAAUCUGAUCGGUACUCUAAGGAAUAUUCCUCACAAGGCAGAAAACGUAGUGAAUCAGAACGAGGCAGGAAUGAGAAGAUGGAUAGAGCGGAGAGAAAUAGUCGCGAUCAAGAUGGACGAAAGUCUUCAGUUGGAACCCUAAAAAAAGAACUUCCUUCCAAUUUGUUGGACAUUUUUAGUCAAAUCGCUGAAUUUGAGAAGGAAAAAAAGCAGAAGUAAAAGAGUCUCUCUUUAGGGUUCAUGUCCCAUUUUCUUACCGAUCUCUCAGAUGUGGUAAGAUUAGCACUAGUACUAGCAGGUUUAAGCUUCAAUUAUAGUGAUUUAACUGUAUGAUAGAUUAUGAUAAAUUGAUCAAAUCUGUUUAUUUUCCUAAUUUCAUGUUAGAUAUAUUUGCUUUAGGGGAAGCAGCCAGUAAAAAAAAAAUUGAGCAAUGGCCAAAAUUUGUGGUGCGAAUGAUGCCUCAGUAUUAAAAAAUUGCCUUCAGUGUAAUUUCAGUGUUCAAAUAAAUGAAUGUAAUGGUAAAAUAAGUGCUAAUGUGUAGUUUCUGCUGUAAUAUUAAAGGUAUAAACUGCCCAUUGGA